AUGCGGGAGCAUACACGUUUACACGGACGCGUGCAUUUCUGGAACAGUGGGAUCACGAGCUGUCACACGCUAUACGAAAAUAAAUCGCGUGGAUUCAAUUUUCAGACAGGGGCUUGGCGAGUACAGCGAUCAGAAUUGUCAAAAAUCGACUGGCUACCCAGUGGAGUUUUCCCGGACUUACUGGUGGUUAGACAACGGAUCGAACUCAUGAUCGGGUAGUCGACAUCCCAAGGAAAGAUACGGAUCAGUACUAAAGACUUUUUGAAUUUGAAAUUGAGGAUGGAGAUCGGACGCGGGUGCAUUGUGUGUGUGAUCUGGUGUCUAGCAACAUGUUGGGCGCAAGACCCACUUCCACCAGCUGCUAUUACAGACAGUAUGUGCACAACUGCCAAGAGCUGUGAUGAAUGUAUCGUUAAAAGCCCACAAUGCGGAUGGUGUGAGUCCACGGAAUUUGAUGAUGAAUCUUAUUCAAGGUGUGAUCUUGUUGAGAACCUUCGGCGAAGAGGCUGCAAAGAAGGCCUUAAUUCUCCCAAGAAUAAACUCACAAUAGUAGAGGCCAAACCUCUCAGUGAUGCAGGUGACACCGGAGAAAUUGUUCAAGUCAACCCGCAGAAGAUAAUCUUGGAAAUGAGACCAGGUGAACCAACAAGGGUUCAACUGAACAUCCGGCAAGCGGAAGACUUUCCUGUGGAUUUAUAUUACGUGAUGGACUUGUCACAGUCUAUGGCUGAUGACUUGGAGAGUUUAAAAGGACUUGGCGAUAAACUUGCCAAGGUAAUGGGAAAUAUAACCAAAGAUUUUCGGCUGGGAUACGGUGCUUUUGUGGACAAGGUUAAAAUGCCGUUUGUGGACAUAUUGGAAAAAAAAUUACAGAAUCCUUGUUUGGAUGGUGCAACUUGUGAUCCUCCUUUUGGAUUUAGGAAUGUGCUUCCACUUACAUCAGUGACGAGUCGAUUUGCAGAAGAAAUUGGAAAUGUUGAUGCUUCGGGAAACCUGGAUCAUCCAGAGGGUGGAUUGGAUGCCUUGAUGCAAGCUACUGUAUGCACGGAAGAGAUUGGUUGGAGAGAUAGAGCAAGACACAUGUUGCUCUACUCUACGGAUGCACCGUUUCACAUUGCUGGGGACGGCAAGCUUGCAGGCAUUGUGAAGUUGAAUGAUGGGAAAUGCCACAUGGAUCCCAACACCAUGGAGUACACGGCCUCUAGUGAACAGGAUUAUCCGUCCAUUAGCCAGCUCAGUAGCAAGAUGAAGGAAAACAGCAUCUUACCGAUAUUUGCUAUCGGCAAGGUUCGGCCGGGUGAAGCAGACCCGAUGGUGUUCUACACAGAUUUACCUAAGUUCUUUCAUGAGAGCCAAGUGGAGCAACUGACAGCAGAUUCUUCCAACGUUGUGGAACUUGUCAAAGGAGUUUAUCUUAAUAUCACAUCUGGUGUGAAGGUAGAAGAUGACGCCCAAGCUGAUCUCUUUGAUAUUGAGUACACAGCCACCUGCUUGGAAGGUGAACCGCAGAAAGGAAUGCAAGAGUGUAGCGAUCUGAAACUCGGCAAAAAUGUCUCUUUCGCGUUAGACAUCACCAUGUCAAAUAAAACUUGUGGUAUGCCGCGCCAAGAAUUCACGUUUUCUGUAGGCCCAACAGCGUUUAAGGAAUCGUUACAAAUAACAGUCAAGGCAGUGUGUGAUUGUGCCUGCACAGACACAAAAUUGGAAGGACCAGACAUCUGUAAUGGCAAUGGAACGCAAGUCUGUGGGGGCUGCGAGUGUUUCCAGGGACGCUCUGGGGCCAAAUGUUCAUGCGACCUUGAGGAAUAUGAGGCUCUUGUCCCCACCUGCGUAUGGCAAAACAGUACUGUGGAGUGCUCUGACAGGGGCUCGUGCAUAUGUGGAAAAUGUGUGUGCAAUUCAAGAACGAAUCCAGAGGAAGAAAUCUUUGGGGAUAAGUGCCAGUGUGACAACUUCUCCUGUGAACGUUACAGGGGUCUGGUUUGUGGCGGACCUGAGAGAGGUGUGUGUAAGUGCAACAAUAAGACAGGCCUGAAUUAUUGUGAAUGCAAGAAGGGAUGGUCAGGCAGUAACUGCGGCUGUGAGAUAAACUCUCUGAACUGCCGUUCACCUAACGGGCUGGUAUGCAGCAAUGUGGGUGUUUGUGAGUGCGGUAAAUGCAUCUGUAAUGACACCAGGAAAUAUUUUGGAAAAACGUGCGAUACCUGUAAGGGGUGUCCGCAAGAGUGUGAUCUUCACAAGCCCUGCGUACAGUGCCAGGCGUACAAUACAGGCAAAUACAAGAGCAGCGACCCUAACAAGAAAACUCCGGAAUGCCUGAGGUGCCCCUACAAUGUGACAGUGGUCAAGGAAUUAAAAAAAGACUCAAGGCUCCAGUCUUGUACUUUCUACGACGAGAACAACUGCAAAUUUAAGUUUACAUAUCGGAAUGUGGGCAACGGCGUUGCUGACUUUGAAACCGUCGAGGAGCCAAUUUGCCCCCGGGAAUCUGAUGUGCUAUGGAUUAUCCUUGGUAUUGUAAUCGGCAUCAUCCUAGUGGGUAUAGCCCUGCUUCUAAUCUGGCGUCUGUUGACUUACAUCCACGACAGGAGAGAGUUCCAACAGUUUGAGAAAGAAAGGAACAAUGCCCGAUGGGAAGGGGGAGAGAACCCAAUUUACAAGCCGUCAACAUCAGUAUUCAAAAAUCCAACAUACGGCAAAUAACUACAGAAGAUGGUCUCUACUUUGAAUCUCUACGCUGUGACUUCUAUGCCAAAAAUUAAACAAGCUUCUUCCUGAAAUAUCAAGCGAGAAGUUGACUUUCUUCGACCGUCCCCCUGAACAAAUUCCUAUCUUGGAGAAAAGCUUAAGAGGCUUCACCACACAUAUUUGAGCAUCUGCGUGUAUAAGAUGUGUGAAUUUGAUAGUGUGUCUCUGUGUUAGGAUUUCAGGAAUUCUGUCACAAAUCCGGUCUCACGUUAGGUCAUGGGUGCAAACAACAUACAUGUUUGUCUUUUGCUGCUCUACUUUAUUUCAUUGCUUGUCACCUGACUUGAGACUGUAGAACGACUUUCUUGCAGCUCUCUGUUUAUAUCAGCAGAUGGAAUUGUACGCACUGUGUGAGUAUUUGAUCAACUGUCUUGUAUCCUGUGGGUUUGUACAGAAUAUGUCUGUGAUGCUGUUGGGUGUUGGCAAUCAUAAUUAUUACUGUUGGGUGUUGGCAGUCAUAAUUAUUACUGUUGGGUGUAUAAAUGGGAAAAAGGCUAUCAAAUUAUACCUGUUCUCAUCAAUCAAAAUUGAGCUUGGAAGAAUAACUAGCACCUAGCAGUGUCUUUUCUGAAAUUCCAGUAAUAUUCCCCAAUUCAUGAGAUCUGAUAAGGUUUAAUACCAAGUAGAUUGAAGUCUGGUUGUUAUUUCAAAUUACAAUGUCUCAAACUUCAUAUCUGAGCACCCAAACUAUGAUGCUAUAAAACUCCACACUUUACAUCUUCCUCUUCAUUGACUGAUUCAAUUUGCAUUUUAUUGGUUUUACGGAUAAUUUGUUUCAGAGGAGAAAAGAACCAUUGCUGUCAGUGAAUUGACCAUAUUCGUAGCGUCCCCAAUUUCAUUUUCCCAAUGAAGUGUAUUUAUUUGAAAACGUUAAAUUCAAAGAACCAGACUAUAUUCUACAAUUUAAUUCUGACCCCCAAAAUCACCUGGUACCAUCCCAUUACGGGUGUCAAAUUUAUGCUGUAUGUUCAGGAAUACGACUGAUUAUUGAGGACGCCGCGAAUAUGGUCUAUUAGACUCUAAUUUAAGUCAACAUUUUGGCAUAAUUUUUUAAAUUUCUACUGUGCAAUCAGUAAGUCAACAGUCCCUUCAAGUCAAAACAAAACAACAAAAAAAGUACAUAGAUCUACCACAGCUGUAACUUCUUUUGCUAGGAAAGUCAAGACCAAGUUGUGGGAAUAGAAAUUUGCCCCCAGGUUUUGGGUCCCCACAAUGCCUAGGUUUUAACGUGUGUGUAGUGCCAACAUCAGUGGAGCAAGUGUUGACCCCAUGUGGUUCAUAGAGACAAUCCAAAAUGAAUGAAACCCAAGGAACAUGUUGAGAUUUUUUCUUAUUAUUGUACCUCUUCAGUACACUUAAAAAUAUUUUCAAUCGUACAACUCUGUAACUUCGUUUAAACGUUUUCUAUAAUGUGAAAAUUUUGGUGGUUGUUGGGGCUCACUUUCUUGCAUUUUAAAACAGGGUUUUCUAAAAGGUUUCUAGAGAAAAGGUUCCCGGAAUUAUUUUUCUCAUUUUGAAUUGUCAGUUAUUACAGAUGAUUUCAACCAUUAGGGUUUAAUAUACCCUUGAGACACUUGAAUCAAUUAUUUUUUUAGUUCUCUUAGAUCUUGUUUUAUUUUUUUCUGGUGCUUUUAAGACAGCUUUUUGAACUAAACUCUGUAAAUAACUGCCUUGUAUAUUUUGUUUGUUUAUGCUUAAGUGUGUGAGGAAGCGCAAGUUAGUGUCAUCAAAGUCGCUUUUUAAAGAUGUUUAAAAUGUUUAAGGUUGAUACAAGUGCAGCUAGCCUACUAAAAAAAUCACAAGAGCCAUUUCAGUUUAGUAUGAUGGCCCUAUAAAACAGACACACAUAGUAACAUGAUUUUUGUUUUUGUCUGUUUGGGUCCGAUUUCUCAAAGUUGCUGAGUGCCAAAAAUUACUAAGCAUAAAAAAUUUGAUCUAAAACAAACAAAAAUUAACAUGAGACAAAGCCAAAUUAAUAUCACUCCUGACUGACAAUUCUGACCCAUCUCAGCAAACACGGCAGUUGAGUGGAUAAAGUGUCUGCACUAGUACGCAGGAAGUGGUAGCUUCAAAUACAACCCAAACAAAUUGGUUUUGUUUGUGUUUUGGUUGUUCUCAGACUGCAUUCAGAGGAGAGUUCGAAUAUACACGUUGGUGGGCAGAAAAAUAGUAAAAUUAAAACAAGUUCUCAGCCAAUAUGACAGAUACUGUGUGACAGUUGAUACCUGCUCUGCCGUGCUAGCAAUAUUCAUGCCUCAUGGUGGAAAGAAAAUAGACUCUGCUCAUGUUUUAGUGUCUUGGGGCCUGUAAUGAGAUUACAUAAUUUUGGUGUAGUCUCCAAGAUGAAAUCAGAAUCCUUCCGGUUCAUCCCAGCAACCAUAUUAAGCCAGACGUUUCUCACAAAAGGUGAGCCUUGAAGUACAGAAUUUCAAGACAGUGGGGAUAUCUAUUGUCUUUGCUGGAAUUUGAAAUGCUCAACCCAUUUUAAGCAUUGUAUAUAGAUAAAUGAUAUGCAGAUUUUUUUAGGAUGUUUUCUUCCAUGUAGGCAUAUGUUUGUGAAUUGUGCCUUGGUAUCUAGUGGUGUGUUAGGGUUCCCGUUAUUCUGAAAAUCUGUGGAAUAACAACAAAAAAAUAAUAAAUAAACCUUAAAAAGACACUCCUGGAAAGUUCCUAAAAAUCAGGCCAGGAUUAGAUUGUUAGGAUGAGGAAGGUAGGGAAAUUGAGCCUACACAGCUGGUAACUUUAAUAAGUUUAGUGGGAUUAGACAUAUUUAGUGGAAAACUAUUUGGAACCUUCUUAAGUCAUUUCUAGGUUUCAAUCAAAGAUCAACAAAAUUUGCAUUUGAAAGUGAUGUGGUCAGAAAGUUAUGGUCAAAUUUUACACGUUUGCAAUGAAUAACUAAUAACUUGUUUAUACUUUUUAUUUACAUUUAAUGGAAAGAAUGUGUAAACUGAUUGAACUUUAUACAUUUACUAAAUGUUGACUAAGUACUUUUGAAAUUAUGCAAAUAUUUUAAGUGUAACAGUCACUUUUUUUAAGCAGGCAUUUAAAACUAUCAGUUCCUGUUUGUUAUCUUGGAGACAGAAGUGAGUCAGUGAUUUGUUAAAGUUAAGGAUUUGUGUUUGGUGGCAGUUUUGAGGAUGGAUAAUUUUUCUUGUCCUAGGCAGACCAAAGAGAAUGGAUGAUAUGGGUGUCAAUGUGAUGACCUUUCAAUGCAGGACAAUAAUAAUGAUUGGAAGACGAUUGUCACAGCGCUUUGAAAUCAGUUGUCAGCAUUUUUUGUAAUUUAGUCACAUUGCUUAUGGGUGCUUGCUGAGGACUUAAUAAGAUGUCAGAUUUUUGUAACUGAACACAAUUUUUCUUCUCCAUUUUGAAUUUAGCAAGCAGGACUUGUUCCAUAGUUGUUACCGGUACUUCCAAUGCCUUCAAAUCUGCUUUAUCUUACUUUUCAAUUGUAAAAAAAAAA